CUUUAACCUUACCCUGAAAAAACAGUAAAAAUGGCUAGUGAUAUAAUAAGAUCGAUGAUGUAUUCUGUUAUGAUACUGAACGUCGUGAUUUUAGAAAUCUAUUACAGGGAUAUAUAUAAAGAAACUGUCAACGAUGCUUCCAUCAUUGGUUCAAGAUCUGAUUUUCUGAAAGAAUUAAUGUCAUCAAUUGACUUCUCGAAUGCAAUGAUAGGCUUCGGUAUAGCAUUUUUGGGUGCGACUGUUGUAUAUUUAGCAUCAAAAUCAUCUCAAAGAAACGAUUAUAUCGUUUGGCAAUUAAUUAUGUGGCUUGUAGAAGUAUCAUUCGCAACUACUAUAUUGGGUCUCGCUCUUAAUGCCAUGGGAAAACGAUGGAGCAAUUUAAAAUCCGUUUAGUAACUCAACUCAAUUCGCGUAUCAACGCAAUAGAAUUAAAAGGUGGCUACAAAUUUAUGUCUUGGAGACUUGAUUUCUUAUUUUUCAAUUUCUGUUACAUAAUUUAUACGAUGCAAAUUAUACAAUUGUAUUUGUG